AUGGCACCAGAAACCCUAGAUCUCACCGGCAAAGUGGCCAUUAUUACCGGCUCAGGUCGAGAAUCUGGCAUCGGAGCUGGCAUUGCCAUGGCCUUCGCAAACAAUGGUGCUUGGGUGACAAUAAACCAUAUCUCCGAUGAGAGCGCACCUCGAGCGGCGAGUGUGGCCCAGAAGAUUCGCAGCGAAGGCGGAAAAGCCAUUGUCGUGCAGGCCGAUGUUUCGACACCAGAGGGUACAAAGAAGUUGGUAGAGGAGACUCUUUCAGCAUUCGGUGUUGAAAAGAUCGAUAUAUUAGUCAACAACGCUGCUGCUGGAAUUCCACGCGGAGCUCUCCACGAGACGCGUGAAAGUCUUGACACCCUAUUUUCAUCUAUCGUCUAUGCACCGGUCUUUCUUAUGCAAGCCGCAGUUCCACACAUGUCUCGUGGUGGUCGAAUAAUCAACAUUGGAUCAAUUGCUUCCCAGCUGGGCAUGGGCCCCGUUGCUGCGUAUGGCGCUGCGAAAGCAGCCUUGAAUGCUUUGACCUAUUCUAUGUCCAUGGAGCUGGGUCGUGGUUAUGGCAUUACAAUCAACACAUUGUGUCCUGGCCCUGUGAGCACAGGUGGUCUACCCAAGGAGCAGGCAGACCGCAUCGAUCGAAUGCUCGUACCGUUGACGAGGGCGGAGGAGAGAAUCGGCACCACAUCUGAUAUUGCAGAUGCGGCACUCCUGCUAGUCUCUGAGAAGAGCCGUUGGAUCACUGGGCAGGUUAUUUCUGUGAGUGGUGGGAUCACGGGCGGCUAG